AUGCCUUCACUCCUACUUCGCCCCCUCGUCGUCCACGGCUCCCUCCCUAGCUUCCGCCCGGUGGCAAUGGCGGCGCUACCCAGGGGGCUGAAACGAGUCGCGGUCAUCGGGGCUGGCCCCGCAGGUCUCGCGUCCGCCAAAUACCUCCUCGAGGCGGGCCUUCAACCCACGCUGUUUGAGAAGGCCGGUUCUAUCGGCGGACUGUGGAGGCAAGGCGUUUCAAGCGAGAAUGGCGAGGCAAUAGAAGAAGAUCCUAACUCAAAACCAGCCGCCAGGGCAACAGAUGGAGCGCCUGCGUGCUGGGCAGGCAUGGUGACAAAUCUAUCGCGCUUCACCUGCAGUUUCUCCGACCAUCCCUGGCCCGACGAUGCGCCGUUCUUCCCGUCGCAAGCGCAAGUGCUCGCCUACUUGCGAUCCUACGCCCAGAAGUUUCUCGUUCCGCCGGGAUCAAACUCACUGGCAGCUUCAACCUCGCUGCGCCUGAACGCACGCGUCUCCCGCGUCGCGCUGCUGGACGAUGGAAAGUGGAGCGUCCAGGUCGAUCGAGAAGGCCAGCAGCAGAACCCAGAGGUGUUCGAUUCCCUGGUGGUCGCAUCAGGGUUCUUUGAAAAGGCGCACAUACCCAACGUGCCAGGGGCUGAUGCGGCGGCAGCAGCAGGAGUGCUGAUCCACAGCGCGGAGUACCGCACCAGCGAUGCCUUGGCGGGGAAGAAGGUCGUCGUCGUCGGUGCUUCCUUCAGCGGCGUCGACAUCGCCGCUGACGUGGCAUCGAAAGCCUCUCAGGUCAUCCACGUCAUCACGAAGCCCUUCUGGCUGCUGCCGCGCUUCCUUCCAGCCGACCCCGCAGACCCAGCCUCGCCCUUCCUGCCGCUCGACUUGUGCUUCUAUCGAAGGGCGUCGCGAGCGUCACCGUCUCUGGUCCCGUUGCGCAGUGAGGAGGCGCGGCGUGCUGCCAACAAGUACAUGCGCGCGCUGUGCGGUGAUCAGGGUAAGCUCCUGUGCCCUGAGCUGGCCGUGAGCAGCAGCCACAGCGAGCACCCUUUCAUCGCCAUCUCGGACAGGUAUGGACCAAUGGUGCAGCAGGGGCUCAUACGCGUGCUACAGGGCAGAGUGGAGGGCAUGUUGCUGCAGCCCCAUUCUGUCGGCACACCUCCGCAGGCCUCGGUCAUUCUCCAAGGCACGGAUGGACUAAUCGACGGUGUGGAUGCAAUCAUCUUCUGCACCGGUUACAGCCCCACGCUGUCCUUCCUCCCUAACGACCUCAAGCAGCAGAUCGGCUUCGACCCGUCGGACCUCUUCUCGCCGCUGCUGCUGCACCGCUGCACCUUCCACCCGUCGCUCCCAAACGCCGCCAUGGUGGGCAUGUACCGCGGCCCCUACUUUGCCGCCAUGGAGCUGCAGGCUCGCUGGGCCGCAGGCGUGCUGUCCGGCACCCUCCCGCCCGUCCCAAGCACCACCCUUCAAGAGGGCAUUGAGGAAGCGAGGAAGGUGCGGGAGCAGCAGCCACGGCCGCAGUUCCCUGUGUGGGACUACGUGGGCGUGUGCAAUUCCAUUUCUGAGGAAUUGGGGUGUGCGCUGCCCACAGACCCCGGGUGGAUCAAGGCACACGACAUGGUCGUACCCGCACACUACUGCACCACCACCAGUGCACCGUCUGUCGCUGCGGCUGAGGUUGCCAUGGCGCAGUUGGCGCGUGCUUGUGGCGAGUUUGAGAGGGGGAGCGCAGUGGCAGGCGCGGUGUUCCGGGGCCUGGCGGGGACGUGGCGGUUGGAGCGGGAGAUUCGGAGUGCGCUUGAGGGCCUCCCAUCGGGCAGCAUGGAGGGGACAGCCACGUUCACGCUACGGCCGGGGGAGGGAGAGUACCUGUACCGUGAAGAGGGGGAGUUUGUGAUGGCAGGCAGUGCAGGGGGCAAGGGCAACAAGGUGUGGCGGGAGUAUGUGUGGCUGUGCCAGGGGCCAGAGGAUGGCAUUGCCAUCCACUUUGCCGACAAGUCGCAGCGCACCUACCUCUUUCACCACCUCAGGUUCUUCCCGGACCCUUCUGGGUCAGCUGCUUCUUCUUCUUCUGACAACAAUGAAGGCCUUCAGAGUGCUGAUUUCGUAGAGAAGGCAUUGCCCCGGGCUUGGCGUGCAGUGGGGGAGCACCUGUGUGUGAAGGACUUGUACAAAGUGGCGUACCGGUUUGCCUUUCAGGGUGUUCACCUGGAGAGGUUCAGCAUCGAGUACCUUGUGCGGGGGCCCCAGAAAGACUACGUGUCAUCUGCUCUGUUCACUCGGCCUGCCUAA